CAUUAGUCAAUGUCUGACUUUUCUCUGUAGGUUGCUUACGUCCCAUGGGCAGCGGUAACUUCAAGGAGCCAGGAAACUCAGAGUUUAAGGUGAAAGGGUCAAAGGGUCAUGGGCAAGGGCCCUGACAGGGGGCAGCAGGGGUGGAGUGUGCCAGGGAGAAGGUUGCUGGGGUGAGGUGGGGCUGCCUCCUACAGCUAGAGGAAGGAGGGACCAUUGCUGAGACGUUUUACACCACAUGAAACGGGUUUGGCACACUCGGGGAAUCAGCAAGAGUGGGUGGGUAGUGGCGGUGGCAGUGGUGUGAUCUGCAAGGCGCUGAGGGAAGAGCACAAACUUUCUGGGCCCAAAAUAUUUUUCCUUCCUAGGACCCAGACAAGAUGGAAGAAAGGAGUCAAGCAGAGCCAAACGUUCAGAGUUCCGGUGGGCAGACUCUCAGAAGCCCACAGGAGGGAAAGCUGGGCCAGGAAGCCCCAGAGCCGGCUGACCUGGCUUCCCAGGGCUUGCCAGCAUCUCAAGAUCCCUCCAAGCGGCUUGACACUGGCCUGAGAUGUGAGCGAGCAGAACUGCUGCCACUGCUGGUAGACUCACUUCAGGGCCACCCUGAGGAGACACCACAGGGGUAUAACGGAGAGUCAAUUCCGGGACUAGGCAAAGGGGCGCCUCAGAGUCAAAGAGAAAGGAAGCAGUCUCAGCAGGGCCAGGAAUUCAAAACCCCUCAGUUUGGGGAAGACAGUAAUUCAGAAGUCCGGGGGAAAGCGACAGUAUGGCGCCAGAAAGAGGGCGACCCUCAGGGCCAUUCCAGGGAUUUCUGCAGGUUCCCAGGAAAACCGAUCCCCCAGUGUGUGGAAACCGAGAUACCAGGACCCCCGGGUAGUAGCACCCAGGUGACCCAGGAAGGGAAGUGGGCUCCUCCCUGUGCCCUGGUGCCUCCUGCCCAGCCGCUGCUCCGAGGCCCAGAAGGUGGGAUACCGGCCUUUGGGGAACAGGAGCCCCAGACGAGGCUUCCUGGCUCAAUCUGGGAGCAGAGAGGCCCUAGGGACCCCAAAUUCUCAAAGGCCGCAUGGCCGGGGCCCGGGAGCACGGAGGAGGCACUGGCCCGCACUGAGCAGGAGGCUCUGCAGCGGCUGCUGGAGCUGCACGGUGCAGCCAAGGAGCGGCGGAGGCAGGACCGCGAACAUCAGCGGCUGCGGGUGCGUCCCAGGGCCCGGCCUGCUGGUGGUGGAAGCGAUGGGAGGGUCUCCUGUGCAGGCCCAGCUCAUUGCCGCCUCCCCAGGUCCUGGAACGACUCCGCAUCCUUGGGAACCAUCACCGCAGGGUUCACCCGCUGGUGCUCCCUCCCAGAGCGGCUCAGAUGGCACUACAGGCAAGAAUCUGGGGAAAGGUGGCUCGGUCACCACGGCUCUGCCCCUGGUGGGGAGGACAGCAGCCAGCGGCCUCCGAAGGGGUCCAGCGGGAGAGGGGCGGGCGCUGGACGGUUCUUGCCACCUAGGAGGAUGCGGCAGGAUGGAGACACACCUUGCGAGAGCGGCUGGAACAAGUGCACCGAGGAAGGACUCAGUGGCUGCGGGCACUCGGGACCAGGUGAGGGGCGAGCAGGGAAUGGUAGGCACUACUUUGCCCUAACAUCUGAUUGA